AUGCGCAUCUUCUCUUUCCUGAGCAGUGCCCUGCUUAUGGGCGCCGCUGUCGCCCAAGGGUCCGAUAGCUGCGCGCCGAAGCCGAGCGACACCCAGGUCGUCAAGUUCAGUUGGGCUCUCGAGUACCUCCUGGAGCGAUUCUACUCCCAGCAGCCGCUCAACCAGACUUUCCUGCAGAGUGCCGAUAACAGCUCGCACGCCAACUAUUUGGCCAACUUCCAAGGCAUCCAGCGCCAGAGCCGCCUGGGCCUCCACGCCACAAGGCAAGUCGGGGCCAAGAUUCCCGAGUUUGAGGCCCCCAAGUGCAACUUCACCUUCCCCACGGCCAAGGACGGCGAGUCCUGGGUGAAGAGCGCUAUGCAAUUGGAGAGCAGUGUGUCUGGUGCCUUCAUCGGUCUCUCGGCCUACACCCAGUCCCCCGAGGUCUCUUUCCUUCUCGCCCGUCUGGCCGCCGAGCACACCAGCCACGCCUAUUACAUCGCGACCAACCAGAACGCCACUGUCUUCCAGGCCAACAGCACCACUCUGAUUCCCGCCUACACGCCCGACUACGUCCUACAGUCGGGUAGCCAGCCGGGCAAGCUUGGCCAGUACCUCCACAGCUGUGUCACUGCUCCCACGUCGCCGUGCGGCAACUUCACCGUCGGACCUCUCAUCGGUUCCUUCGCCGGUCCCUCGUCGGCCGGCAUUGUGCCUUCUUCGUCGGCCACGCCGUCGCCUUCUGCGGGCGCGGGCGCGGGCGCGGGGUCGUCGGCCUCACCUUCCGGUUCGCCUUCGGCUUCGGCAAGCCCCAGCUCCUAA